CCCUGUUGCAUAUCUGACCACCACCGAAGCAAGCCACAUCCCGUCACGUUGCUGACACAACCAGCAAUCCAGCCUGUACCGCACAGACCAGGAUUAUUGAAGAAGUGGUACAUACUGACAGCAGUGAAAUCAUUCUUGCGGAAUUGAACGGUAUUGUUGGAGACUCUCAUUAACGUGAAACUAUAUGUUUGUGUGAGUAUCGAUAACUGGACAUUGAAACUGGGCAUCAUAUGCCGGAGAAGGCCACUUUACCAUUAACACCGGACCGUUUACAUCACAAUCUACUUUGUCUUGCAGCGUAUUAACGUGUUACUAUUCAUAUAUCUUAUAUAUGCAGCCAGGUCGGGGCGCUUAUGUAAAUUGACCACACAACUACCACUCGGCGCCUUAACCUGGACUCACCUGUCUUCUUACUCCAGCCUUUAGCUGGAUUUCGCAUAUGUCGCGCUGUUCGUCUAACAAAAACCUUUACCAAUCAACCACCUGAGCAAUCUGGACAUUUCGUUGUUAUUGCCGGUACGUGGAAUCAAUUCAGCUCUGAUUCUUAAGCGUGAACUGAAUACAUUUAAACAAUCACCUGUGUAAACCGGAGCCCCGUGUACACCAACCACAAGCCAUGUUAAUGUACCAGAUCCUGUCUGCUUUCUGCAGUGUGAUACACGUGCCUUACGUGUGCACUACAGCUGAUGACAUUGGGUUUGAACUUCUCUUAACGUCAAACAGAGAAGAAAUGCAAGAUGUACAGUUGACGUUUCAACCGCCGGCUCCUACUUGGCUUCGCGGAACGCUGGUUCGGAAUGGUCUAGGGCUGUUCUCCAACGGACCACGUAGUUUCAAGCAUUCUUUCGACGCCUUCGCGAAGCUGGCCAGCUGGCGGUUUACCGGAAACAACUCAGCCUUCUUCUCCACCAAGUUCCUCCGCUCCCACUUCUACGAGGACUCAAUGCGAGACGAAACAAUCGCCCCGUACUUACUGUUCGAAGGUGUGAAGCCGGAGUUUUCGCAACUUGAGAAAGUACAGACCUUGGUGCGAGGCAUCGAUAACAUGAACGUCAACAUCUACGCCUAUACCGACGAGGAUCGGAACCUGACGCAAUACGUUGCUCUCAGCGACUUCUGGAAGUACUACGUCUUCUACCCACGUGACCUCUCAACAGGUGGCGCUGUGACGGCAGAGGUAUCCUCCUCUAGUAGCGGCAGUUUCGGGAUGUUAGCUUUCCUCAAUUUAUUAUCGUCUGCUCACCCACUUCCAGAACCGGGAACAAAGCAUCACGUGACGUUCUUGUCAAGUGUCGGUAUCUUGCCCUGGACGAGUAGUGCUAUCAAUCUAAUACGAAUCGUCUCCCCCACAAAACGAGAAACUAUCGCCAGAUGGAACGUUGAUCGCGUGCCUUACAUGCAUUCCUUCUCCGUCACAGAGAGGUACGCCAUAUUGUUUGCCAGCCCCUUCUAUGUGAACAUUAAGAAAAUGGUGUUCAAAGCCGAGCCGUUCGAGUGUCUGGACUGGUAUCCCGAUCAGCCCACAACAGUGUAUGUAGUCGAGUUGAAGACAGGCAAAGUCAUCACCAUGACAACACACAACGUCUUUGCCAUGCAUCAUAUAAAUGCUUUCGAGACCAGCGAUACUGACAUCGUGUUGGACGUGUCCGCCUACUCCAGCCCCGAUUUCGUCAAGAAUUUAGAAAUGAAGGUUUUAACAGACCCUGUCAAACGGAACCAGUUUGACUCGGCAGCCCACAUCCAACGAUACCACAUAUCCCUAGCCACAAAGACCGUGAGAGUUGAGACAUUUAAAGGACCCAAAUCGGCCCCCUUUACACCAAACAUCGACAUGCCGACAAUCAACGAACAAUACCGAGCGCACCAGUAUUGCUACGUAUAUGGUAUUGUGUUGAAGAAGGACAAUGUGACUCUCAGUAAAAUUGCUCUGGUCAAGAAGGACUUAUGUAAACAGAAUGGGGACAAGGUGUGGUACCUACCAUAUCACUACCCCUCGGAGGCGUGGUUCGUACCUACCCCCCACGGCAAGGAGGAGGACGACGGUGUCCUCAUGCUGCCCAUCCUCGAUGGCGUCCGGAGGAAGAGUUACCUGGCUAUACUCGAUGCUCGGACAAUGGAGGUGACCAACAGAGCAGACCUCCCAACUGUCGUCCCCUUCUCACUGCAUGGGCGUUUCUUCCCCGAGAUAUACUGAGGCCUGAAUAAACAGGCCAACAAACAGACUAUACCGCAUCUGAUGCAAUGGUCGACCACAUGUUCCACGGUUGCUAUGUUCAUAUGUACGAUUGUGACUGUGCUAUUUCGUCACUAUUUGUCACGAUAUGAUUGGUGACGAAAGGAAAAGACGAACAGCAAUAUGGCAGACUGUGUGUGUAUUUGUCUGUAUGCGUGCGUGCGUGUCUGUGUGUGUAUGUGUCUGUA